GUACGCAUGAGGAAAAAAACGGCCCUCCUCUGCUCGUGCCUUGGGGCACGCUUUUCUGAUAAAAAGCCUUUAAAGCCUCUCUCUGAAUAACAGAACCGAGGCGUCGUCCUCAAACCGACAAGGGUUCCGACGUGACCACCAGGCACGUUUCCACGUUCUUCCCUCUUCCGUGUCCUGGAUUGAAAGCGUCGUCAGCUGCGCUGGGAGCCACCCUCGCUCGCCAAGGAUGUGAGCGCGAGGGGAUAAUGUUAUUAACGCGCGCGAGGUAAUGAAUGAACACGCGCCACCCACGGUCCUCUCUGUGGACUCGUGUCGUCCUAGCGGGCGUCACGCCUGAGGAAAAAAAAGCGCAGAAGGAAGAAAGGUGGCAACCUCGGGCGGCCGCUAGAGGGCUCCGCCUCUGGCUAAAGGCGGGAAGGUGGCUUUCUCUCCCCACGCCCGGCUACCCACCGGGCUAUUGGAGGCGAGGUCGCCCGCUGGUGCAAAUGCUUUUGCUGCUGCCGGUGGCGCUGGAGGGCGGCUUGUGCUCUCCGAGGGGGCCUUCCAGGCAGAGGGAGCACCGCCUCGUCUUGCAGCCCUUGCAUCAGGCCGCCUGCCUUAAGAAGUGGACGCCGUCCCGCCGUCUCUCCUCCUGCCCCAGGUGGCAGAAUGACUGGGGACCAUCCUGAACUCGUGUUGGCAGGAAGGCGCUUGUGAAUAUGGCUCAAGUCCCAGAAGCUUUUGUGGAAGUGACUGUGUCUUCAACUGGAGGGCUGCGCUCCCUUGUAAGCCGUCAUCCCCAGAAAGCCUUACAUAAGAAUACCAUGCAGGAAGACUACACGAUCAAGGCUUCACUAGGAGGAUUCCCUAUUCACACCUCUGAACUGCUGACCCGCCUGGACCGUGGGGAAGUGGCCUGGGUCCCAGAUCUCCAGAGCUCUGAUGAGAGCACAGAUGAAGGCCCAGUGAAGCCCACACUGAAGCGAUGGCCAAAGGGAGGGGCCUGGUGGGAUCGGUACAGAAGUCCAGCAAAGUACCCCAGUUCAGAUUCCAGCAGUUCAGAUGAUGACCAAAGGAGUGAGGUGGAAGGUGAGAAACCUCAGCGUAGUCAUAGGCUGACGAUACUUCGCCGAAGUGUACUUGACAUUUGUAGGGGGAACAGAUUCCAGAGUGUAAAGACAAAAGAGUCCCUUAAUAACGGAUCCCAGUCUAAGAGAUCCCAAGGAAGCCAGAGCAACUUAAUUGAAGCAGGUGACGUCCGUGAGAACACAGUCAAGGAGAGGGUGGCAGAAGAGGAACAGCAGUUCUCCUGCCUUACCUGUGGCCAGUUCUUUAAGUCAAAAAUAUCCCUUUCCAAUCACCAGAGAAUACACUUUAAAGAGAAUGCCACCUAUGAAUGCUCUUUCUGUGGGAAAAAGUUUGCAAUCCAGAAGAAGCUUACUGCUCAUCAGAGAAGCCAUGCAAGAGAGAAGGAUGACAACCAUCCAAGCAGAGCUACAGAGAAUCUAAAAACCUGCCCAGAAGAGAUGCCUUAUAAAUGUCUAGAGUGCAAGAAAUGCUUUACGCUGAAGGACCACCUCUUACUACAUCAAAGGAGACACACAGCAGAAAAGCCCCAUAAAUGCUCUGAGUGUGGGAAAAGCUACAUUCGGAAAGAACAUCUUGCCAGACACCAAAAAAUCCACCAAGGUCCAAAAACUAAUACAUCUCCUGAGAAGAAAGUGACAGUGGAAGAUUCACCUGAAACCUCUGAAAAAAGAUCAUCUACAGCCCUCGUCCGUGAAAUAACCAGCUUAUCAGAUGUUGGCACCACUAACUAUCAGGAAACCCAAACAAGUCUGUACAAAUGCCAGUUUUGUGGGAAAUACCUCAGAUCGAAAACUUUGCUUGUGGAUCAUGAGAGAAUUCAUAGGGAACUGAGACCCUAUAAGUGUCCCCAGUGCCAGAAAAGCUUUCAUUUUAAAUAUCGUCUAAAUAUGCACCAAAAGAUUCAUAUGAGACAAGCAGACUGCCAAUAUCGUGGGAGAUGUCCGAGUACAACUGUUCCACUUGCUAAACAUGAGAAGCUCCAUACCAGAAAGAGACCCUAUAAUUCUUAUAAAUGUCCCAAAGGUUUCAUUCAGAAACCCCACCUGCUUCGACACCAGGAGACCAAUGUGAAGCGAAAAGGCUUUAUCAAGAGAACAAACAGCCUAACUGCACUUGAAGGAAUCUUUACAGAACCAAACCUGUGUAAGGGCCCCAUCCACAUGCAGUCUGUCACGCACAACUCAGGCCUUGCCACGUACCAGAAAAGCCAUACAAAGGGCAAGUGUUAUAAAUGUCAGAAUUGUGGAAAACGUAUGAAAAAGAAGGCCUUUCUCAUAAAUCAUAUGAAAAUCCACAGGAAAAAAAAGAAAUAUCAAUGUUGGAAAUGUUGGGAAAGCUUUUCUCAGAAGAACCACCUUGCUGUCCACCAGAGAAGGCAUGUGAGAGAAAAGCUUUCCAUAUGCUUGGACUCUGACAGAAAACGUACCAAAAAAAAGACCCUGUCCACUCACAAACAUGAGAAUCUCCUCACCAAAAAACUGUCAUGCUGCUACUGCAGUAAAAGCUUUGACAAUAAUUAUUCUCUGACCAGGCAUGAAAAGAUCCACUCAGGGGAAAAGCCCUUCAGAUGUGCAAUAUGUGAUAAAGGUUUCAUUGAAAGCUACAACCUGAAGAGACAUGAGAAAACCCAUUUGAAAGGAAGUGGCUUUAAACAUCACAGGAUGCCCUUGCUGCAAAGACCUUUCACAUGUGCCGUGUGUGGAAAAGGCUUUGUUCAUACGUUGAAUUUGAAGAGACAUGUGAAAACCCACCUGAAAAAAAAUGGCUACAAACAGCCCACUAUAGCUGAGGUAAGCCAUGUGUUCUCCAAUUGCAUGAAUGAUAUUUACUUUCAGGGGAAGGGCCAUGGGGGUCCACCUGAAAACAUUAAACGACAGGCAGCAUCAAAAACAGCUGAAAACGAUUCUUUAGAGGACACCAGUGAGUCAGAAACAGAACCUCAGGCAGUAUUAGGUAAAGGAUCUAAAACAGGAACUCCUAGAGGUUCCGAACAGCGAAAAAUGCAGGUCAAGGUAGAUGUAGAAUCAUCCAGAAAAAGAAAAAGACAUUGUCAACAAAACUACAGAGGAGUCUCUGCCAACCAGGUAAUGACACCAAAGAAGAAGCUAAGAAAAGAAGACAAUGUUAUUCUGCAUUACAAAGAAGACGAACACUUCAUCCAUCAGCAGAAUGAACCACAGAAGAAUUCUGAAAAGAUCCAUCUCCGGAGUUGUGAAAUGGUUGGUUGGCAGUUGAGAUCGCAGGCCAUGCCAAGAAGAAAAUCGCAGAGAGGGGUACGUCCGGCUGGUCAGCGAGUCAGAUCUUGCUUCUGUCAGAAGGAGGGAGUAGAGAUGGCACCAAGGAAGAUACCCUCAAACUCCAGAAUCUGCAAGAAAUCCCAAAACUCCCAAGUUUGCAGAAAGCUAAAAGCUUGUUCUCAAGGGCCCCCAAAUACAACUGUUUCCUCUGAGUUGUUUAAAAGUAGCCCAAAGAAUGGUAAAUCAGGAAGACCCUGUGUUAGUCUGCCAUUCCAGAGAACAUUGCCUGAAGAAUCCAAAAUGGAGGCUACUGAAAGUGCUACAUCAGAGUGGUUGGGUUGUUCUGAAAAGGAAAGAGGGUUACAGAAAAUGUUAGGAAAAGAACUGGAAGACAGUGCCAACUCUCAGAGCCGCAGGACCAAAAAAUGCCAGGCAUACAAUGCCACUGACAAGGCAGAGUCUCAAGUUUCACCAUUGGUGUCAGGAAGUGACAUCGAACAGAAUGGCCUCUCAAAUGCAGCUCUUCAGAAAGUGGCAACAGCAUCCAUUGGACAGCAAAUGGAAGCACAGUCAAUGUCAGCAGGAGAACCUUUUUCAUAUAGUCGUGAGGAAGGAGGAGGUUGCACUGAAACAGUGAGAGAACUGCAAAGUAGUGCUUGUCAGAGAGAAAUCAUUGCUGGUCAACAGGCUAAACAUGUUUGCACACAGUGUAACAAGUCCUUCAGGAGCCGAGAAAACCUUUUUGUACAUGAGAAGAACCACAGAGAGACUAGGCCCUUUGCAUGCAUUCAUUGCAAGAAAAGCUUCUACACAGUGCAGUCCCUUAAAACUCAUGUGAGAAUUCAUACAGGAGAAAAGCCAUUCAGAUGCACCGAAUGUGAUUUCUGUGCUAACACGAGUUCUGCUCUCCACCAUCACCGGAAAACCCACAGCCAGUGGAAACCCUAUUCGUGCCAGCAGUGCAAAGAAAGCUUCUGGUUCGUCCACAGCCUUAUCCUCCAUUUGGGGGUCCACAAUACAAAAGAGCCCUACAUGUGCUCAGACUGCGGGCGCAAAUUUGCGCGCAAGAAUGGGCUCAUUCUGCAUAGGAAAGCUAAACACAGUUCAAAAGCUGCAGAGUAAGCCUAUAGGGUCCUUCUGCGGGUGAGGUAAGCAUGUGCAAAGAUUCCCAGUACAUGUGCUCACUGCAACAACACGGAAGUGUUACAGUACACUUCACCAUGCUAUGCCAAGACUGAGAAGAACACAUGCAUGUGCUUUUUGGGUUUACUUUCUUCCACAUCUGUGGAGGAUCGUAACAUCUUUCAGCCAGGCAGACCUUCCUAACACUAUGCAAUAGCUCAUCCGUUGUGCCUGGGCCAACUCUUCCUGCAUGUAGAGGCUAUGACCAAAGUAUGUUUAUUACUUGCCAGGUGAUACCUCUCUGAACAACACCAGGAAUUUUAAUUUGAACCAUCAUAAGUAUAUUCCUCCCACCACACACCCACACACCCCAAAUCUUUUGGAAGCAAAAGAACAAAAAUAUGAGCCAAACACUUUUAUAAGAUGGUUACAGUAAUAAGUGGGGAGUGGGUUAGAAUGAUGUUGAAUAUAUAAUUUUAAUUCAGGGUGGGAAACUUCUGAGAUGUUGUUAGGCCAUUUUUUUACCCCACAUUGGGCUUUGGAGGCCUGCAUACCUCCAUUACACAUCCCUCCCUCUGUUGGUCACUUCUAGUUUAAAAAAUUCCUUUUUGGCCUAAAAACAAGCCUUGGGGCAGAAGUGAAUAAAAUGGCAAAUACAGGCAGUUUAUUGUUACGAGGAGGGAUAAAUAUUGAGGGGCUUGGAAAUUUUUGUGCGGCCAAUGGGCUGCAUUUGGCCUACCUGUUUUAAAUAAGGAUUGAAAGCCAUUUUGACAGAUACUGUUUUACUGCUCUAGUUUUUUACUGCCUUCUUUCCUGCCUGUGAAACCACCCCUCUGAUUUCUUCUGGGGUUGAGCAAGAACUAUGAAGUGCCUUUUGUUAGAUAGUUUUCAGGAUCCAUUCCCGUUCUCACCACUUAAUGCCAUUUAUAAAUAUUUUGUAAUUUUUUGUUAUGUAAUAAAACUCAAUUAUAUCUCA